AUGCUAGCUCCCGCCGCCCGAAAGCGAAUCGCUGCGGAACAGGCUGAAGAUGACGACGAAGGCGAAGAUGACGACAUCGUCGAGGUUCCCGCGCCGAAGAAGACGCGAGGCAGCAAGGCCAGCAACAACGCCCACUCUGCCAACCGAGGUCAGCUCUGGGAUGAUCAGCCCUGCACCCCUGAGGAUCUUGAUCGUGGCUACUAG